CGCGUCAUCUUCACUCCUCACAGACUUUCCUGCUUUCACUAGGAAGAACGCACUUCCUGCCCUCGCCUAAGUCUGAGGUGCCACUAACCUCCUCUUCUCUCUCCUGCUUUACUCAGCUCCCUCCGGCAGCGCGUUCCUCCCCACCCACACACCCCACCCCGGACCUGCCGCCAUCCUCUUCUUUGCUGCCUGUGCAGCCAGGACUCCUCUUCUAGGAGACCCACAGUCGCCUCCGCCCUCCUGGCUCUUGAAAGCUAGCUCUCCCAGCUGACAAGAAGACAUCACUAUCUCCGCUGCCUCCGCGGUCAACGCGGGCGCCGCGCGCUUUCGCCGCCAAGGCUACAGCACCGCCGCUGUUCUGAGGCCCAUCAUGGUCCCGGAGCAAACAGGUAGCAGGAAGCGGAAAGCGUCCGUUGUGGAGGCGGGCGCGGGGAGCUCGUCCUCGCAGAGCUUAGCGACAACUGGGCAAGGAGAGGGGCUCUUGCUGGCCAAGAAGCAGAAGGGGCUGGCUCAGCGUCGCUCCGUGGUGUACUACCUGAAGGGCCGCGAGGUGUGCUCAGGGGGCUGCGCCAAUCUCCGGGGCUUCGAGGGGCAGCUGCGCAGCUACGCAGUGCAGAGGCUGCCAGAGCUGCUGACCGAGCGUCAGCUAGCCCUGGGGACCCUCAACAAGGUGUUUGCGUCGCAGUGGCUGAACGCCAGGCAGGUGGUGUGCGGCACAAAAUGCAACACCCUCUUUGUGGUGGAUGUGCAGUCUGGCCAUAUCACACAUAUCCCUUUGAUGCAGGACAAGGUUCCUGCCCUGACCCACGCAGAGAUGGCCUCAGGUAUCCAUGCCAUCCAGCUGAAUCCCUCCAAGACUCUGUUAGCCACCGGGGGUGAAAAUCCUAACAGCCUAGGGGUCUACCAGCUGCCCACCCUAGACCCUGUAUGCCUGGGUGAUCAACAGGGUCACAAGGACUGGAUCUUUUCCAUCGCAUGGAUGAAUGACACUGUGGCAGUGAGUGGCUCUCGUGAUGGCACCAUGGCAUUGUGGCAAGUGGAUCCUGACAUGUUCAGUGGCAGUUCUGCCUGGCACAAUGAAAGGAGGCUUCCAGCAUAUGCGCAUAUCUGUCCAAGGGACAUUGAGGUGAUUCCCAGAGCCAGCAGCAACCCUGGUAAUCGGAAAGUAAGAGCCCUGGCAUUCAGUGGAAAGAACCAGGAGCUGGGAGCAGUAUCCUUGGAUGGUUACUUUCACCUGUGGAAAGCACGGAACAACCUAUUCAGAUUGCUGUCUAUCAGGCUGCCCUACUGCCGAGAGAACGUGUGCCUGACCUACUGUGAUGAGUUAUCUCUGUAUGCAGUCGGCUCCCAAUCACAUGUAUCUUUUCUUGAUCCACGCCAGCGCCAGCAGAACAUUCGACCACUAUGCUCCCGAGAGGGUGGCACAGGUGUGCGCUCACUGAGCUUCUACCAGUACAUCGUGACAGUGGGCACGGGUCACAGCUCCUUACUCUUUUAUGACAUCCGUGCACAGAAAUUCUUGGAGGAGAAGUCUGUACACAGCUUGGACUCCUUUCCUAGGCCUACAGGGAAGAAACUGAAACUCACCUGUGGGAGAGGCUGGCUGAACCAUGAUGACCUCUGGGUGAACUACUUUGGUGGUGUGGAGGACUUCCCCAAUGCACUCUACACCCACUGCUACAACUGGCCUGAGAUGAAGCUGUUUGUUGGAGGAGGUCCUCUCCCUUCUGGCCUACAUGGGAACUAUGCAGGCCUUUGGAGCUAAGGAUUGCAGCCUUAUUCUCAAAGUGAACAAAUUUGUCUUUCAUUUCAGUUAAUUUUGUUCAUUUUUCAUUUUUGCUUGUAGCUUUGUAUGAAUUUUGUCUUCCAGGUGGAAUUGCCUUAACCUACCUGUACUUCGUUUAGUCAUAGAGAUAAGGAGAGACAGAGAGAGAGAGACAGAGACAGA